UGAACAGAUUAAUAAGAACCAUUAUGUAUAAAUCGGUACUUAAUAUCGUUUUUGGAAAAAAUAUUCUCCCCACCGACAAUGACGAACAAUACCAAAUACUGGAAGAGCACUUUACAAAAUUUGAUCGUCAAAUUGAAUAUGGUUCUAAAUUGCCUGCAUUUGUACUGGGUGCCUGGUCAAAAUCAAGAAAAUAUCUUAUUACUAUGUUUCAAAAUAUUGUUGAUCCGGAAAAACAAAAAUCACAAGAGUUAUGCCCAGAUGAUAAGACAUUGCUUCAUAAUUUACUAGAGUGUGUCGACAUAGAAAAUGCCCCGAAUUAUUCUGUUCUGCUCUUAUGGGCAACUUUAGCUAAUAGUAUUCCAAUGGUAUUUUGGACAAUAGCAUUUAUUGUUACACAAGAAUCAGUCUAUAAAAAAGUAUGUGAAGAAAUAGAGAGAGAACUACCGUCCACGUUUGAAACAAUUUCAGAUGCAGAUUUACGAAAAUUGCCAUAUUUAAAAAGCUGUAUUCUGGAAACAGUAAGAUUAAGAUCACCAGGAAUUAUACCACGUUAUGUUACCAAACCAUUUGAAGUGAAGGGGUACACAGUGCCAGCCGGAAAUCUCGUUUUUGCCUCACCGUUUUGGGCUCACAGAAAUCCAGAGUAUUAUCCAGAUCCAGAAACACAUAAACCUGAAAGAUGGAAUAUGAAAGAUGUUGAAAGAAACAUUUUCCCAGAAUAUUUUUUUGCCUUUGGUGGUGGAAGGUUUCAGUGCCCAGGAAGGUGGUUUGGUUUAAUGGAGAUACAAAUAUUCGCCAUAAUGUUUUUAAAACAAUUCAAAUGUGAAGCAUUUGACCCAGUUCCUCCUCCGAGUCCUCUUCAUGCUGUUGGAACGCAGCAACCAGAAGGUCCAUGUAUGAUUGAGUUUACUCGAUUACCCGGAAAAUGUUGAAUCUGAGCUGUAUAUUUUUAUAAUACUGAUACAUUUCAUCUCGAUCAUAAUUCAUGUUAUUUAUUCAUCAAAGUCCAUAAAUCAUUAUGUUAUUACACUACAUGUUCACUACCAAAGUUAUUACAUAUAUCAUUAUAUUGUAUUGUUGAACGAAUCUUAUUUAUAUAUAAAUAUAUAUUAUAUAUUCCUUUGUAAAUGAUUUAUAAAUAAUUGUUAUAUAACUAACUAGUCAAUAUUUAUUAGUGUAUGAAUAUAUAAUAUGUACGGUAUUCACUGUUAUUAUAUUUAACCUUGCAUUUAUUAAAUAGAAAAUUGUGUAUAUAUAUAUAUAUCAUAUAUGACAAAAGGAUGUAUGUCUUGUGUAUAUAUGAACUGAGGUUAGAGUCUCGUUAUUUAUUGAUGGUCAACAUGUAUGAACAUUUCAAAACUUGUGUAAUAAUAUUUACGGGAGACAUUUGUCGCAGCAUAUUUUUUAAAACAUACAAUAUGGAACUUAAAUUAUAUUAUUGAAACACGUUAUUGAAACACAUUAUUGAACCGUAAAAUGACUAUCAUAUAUAUUGUUUGAAGAAAAUAUAUAUCUUUACUAAAAUGGGAUAUAUAAGUGUUAGAUAGUUAUUGCAUACAUAUUAUUAUACAUUGCCAAUUUUAAUUUAGCGUAUGUUUAAAUCGUGAUUAUAUAAUAAAGUGAUAAAGUAUUGUAUACUUGGUGAAUUAUGUUGAUCAUAAUAAUAUUAUGUAAAUAAUCUAGUUGUUAAUUCCAUAUUUAUGAAUAUAGUCUGUUAUUGUUUGCCUUAUUUGUUUUCUGAAAUACUGUUGUUGUUUAGAUGGUUUUACCAUUAAUUGUACAUUUGACUACACGUUAAUUAAACAAAG